AUGCCGCUGGUGAAGCCACUCUGUCGCGUUUGCGAGCGUCCGACGGCGGACGGCGCUGUCCAGGCUGUCCAAUUGGACAAGGAGAAGCUGCAGACUUGGCUCCUAAAUGUUUGUGGCAAUGAAUUUGCUGAGGAAAUCGAGGAUGAAGAUCUGAUUUGUUAUUUCUGCAUAUGGCACGCUGACGAUUUUGAAGCCUUGGCUUGGUGGCCGCAGGAUCUGGAAUAUUUGGACGACGUGGCGAAGGAGCUCAGGAAGAAAUAUCUAGACGGAAAAGCAGAGCAGUGCUGGGUGCAGCUGAAGAAGAUUGAGUUGCCGAAAAGCGAGAAAGACGAAAAUGCAGAGCACGUGACAAAGUCUGACGGUCAGAAGAGCGGGAGAAAAUGUUUCUACUGUGGAAAAAUGGUCGCAAACAUUGGCAGUCACAUGAGAAAAAUGCACGCGAAUGCCAUCAGAUGUGACUAUCGUAAAUGUGUCACUUAUUUCCACACUUUCGAGGAAAAGGUGAUUCACACAAAGGAAGUGCAUGAAAAGUCACAAGCAAAGAAAAUGUUCAAGUGCAAUUUUUGUGAGAAAGAGUUUCGGUGGCCCAGAGACCUCAGAAAUCAUAUUCGUCGUGCACAUGCCGAGUUUCACGUUAGAUGCAAAUUCUUUGGUUGCCUUUCUUAUUUCAAAUCCGAACCUGAAGUGAUUUUCCACUUCGACGCUCUUCACAAGGAAGAAGACAAAGCAAAGGGGUACAAUUGCCACCAUUUGGCACGCGACUCGAGUGACGCCACUUGCAAUGAAUGGACUGGUGGAAGGGGAAGUCUGACUGCCCGCAGCGCCACAAAUGGCAUCAAAAUUUAG